GUCACAUAUGAUAAGUAUGAAGAGUAAUGAACCGCUUUAAAGGCACUUGUAACGUGAUUAAAUGUUAAAUUUGUUAAACAAUUAAUAUUAUAAAAAUGGCAAAAGAACUUGCUGACGAUAUUUUGAAAUAUUUAAGUAAAAAUGGUGAAGUUAAUUCAUUAGAUUUAGCGGAAAUUUUUAACGAGGAUCAUCAAAAGAUCGUUGGAGCAAUUAAGAGUUUAGAAGCUCUUGGAGAUUUAAUCGAUACAACAUUAACUAGCCAGCAAAAAUGGGAAAUAACAUCAGAAGGGCAACAUGUAAUAAAAUGUGGUAGUCAUGAAGCUGCAGUCUAUUAUGCUGUACCCGACAAUGGAAUAUCACGAUCUAUUAUUGAUUCGUCUGUUCCUUUUGCAAAAAUUGGUUUUUCCAAAGCACUUGCUGCUGGUUGGAUUAAGCUUGAUAAGUCUAACAGCACAACUAUUGUUAGGAAAGCAGUACCAUCUAUCACAGAUACUGUACAAUUACAUUUGAAAGAUCUUGAUAGUAUUCCAGAAAAUAUUAAGAAAGAAUAUAAAAAGAGAAAGUUUCUUCAAGAAACUGUUAUUAAAAGCAUACUCCUUAAGAAAGGCCCAAAAUUUUCUAUUCAAACUGAGAAGUUAGAAACAGACUUGACUGCGGAAUUGAUAGCAAACGGUGCUUGGAAGGAUAAGAAAUUCAAACCAUAUAAUUUUGAAGCACGUGGAUCGCUCCUAGAAGUUGGACAUUUGCAUCCUUUGCUUAAAGUCAAAAGUGAAUUUAAAAAAAUAUUUCUGGAAAUGGGAUUUACAGAGAUGCCUACAAAUAAUUACGUAGAAAGCUCAUUUUGGAACUUUGAUGCCUUGUUCCAACCACAACAGCAUCCUGCACGAGAUGCACAUGAUACAUUCUUUAUUUCAGAACCAAGUCAUAGUGAUCAUUUUCCUCCUGAAUAUUUGGAAAAAGUUAAAAAGAUUCAUAGCGAAGGUGGUUAUGGAUCUCAAGGUUAUUGUUAUGAUUGGAAAAUAACGGAAGCCCAAAAAAAUUUACUUCGUACUCAUACGACUGCGGUUAGUGCACGGAUGCUGUAUAAUCUUAUGCAACAGGGAAAGUUUAAACCUGUAAAGUACUUUAGUAUUGAUCGUGUUUUCCGAAAUGAAACUUUAGAUGCAACUCAUCUUGCUGAGUUUCAUCAAAUUGAAGGUGUAAUAGCCAAUUAUAAUCUUACUCUUGGCCACUUGAUUGGUAUGCUGUAUGAAUUCUUUAAAAAACUUGGCAUCACCGAACUUAAAUUCAAGCCGGCAUACAAUCCAUAUACGGAACCAAGUAUGGAAAUAUUUUGUUAUCAUAAUGGUUUAAAAAAAUGGAUUGAAAUUGGUAAUAGUGGAAUGUUUAGGCCAGAAAUGUUAUUACCUAUGGGUUUACCUGAAGGUGUCAAUGUUAUUGCAUGGGGUCUGUCAUUAGAAAGGCCCACAAUGAUUAAAUAUGGUUUAAAUAAUAUACGAGAUCUUGUUGGACAAAAGAUUGAUUUGGAAAUGGUAUACAAUAAUCCAUUAUGUCGAUUAUAUAAAGAUAGCGCACAAAUUAAGUCAUCGAAGAUAAAAUUACAAAAACCAUUGGAUGCAGAUAUUUCAAAGAUAGAGAAGAAUCAAAAUCAACACCAUACAUCACAGAUAAUACAUAAUAUUACAAGGAUUGAAAAGCAGAAACUUAUUAUUUUUUGUGAUCCACAUUAUCCUAUAUACUCUAUAGAAAAGAUUUUAGAUCUUGCAAAACCUUAUUUAAAAAUAACCAUGUCGAUUUACACGCAUUCCUCUGUAAUGGAAUUACCCAUAAGUUUACAAAAUUUCUGUUUAAAUUAUCAAAAUGUUGAUAGAGAUGCUCUUGUAGACAUAAUAUUAAUUUGGAAGAUCAUUGGCAUUGAUCCUAUUUUGCAAUCAUCUAAUAUGUUUGAGUUAAAAGGUGAAGUGAAUAUAGCACGUUAUUUGAAUCGUUUAAUUGAAUCUCAAAAGUCUAAUAUAUUAAUAUAUGAGAGUAAUGGUCCCUUAUAUGCUAAUCAAAUAGAUUUUUACUUAGAAAAAAUACAUAGUAUUUUGCAUGAAGUUUCAAAAGAUCAAUUACAUAAAGUUUUCAAAUACUCACCAUAUGCAUUAGGCGAAAAUCUUUCGGUUGUAGACAUUGUUUUAGAUUCUAUCAAAAAACAUAAGUUGAGAAGAAAAUAAUAUUAUACAUUAAAUCAAAUAAAUGUCGACUUUAUAUUAAACUAUCUUAUUUAAAAUA